GAGCAUAUCGUAUCAAAAAAUUAUAAUGAGAAAUUCACGAUAACUGCUAUCUGUGAUGACGAAAAACGCGAAUCACUGCUCCCAUCAUCAUCAGCUGAUGUUACGUUUCUGGAUGCCCAGCACAUGCCAGGCUCUACUAUACUACUGUAUACGGGAGAUUAUCGCUUAUCAAAAGAUGAUUGGAUUGCCUGCGAUAUGCUCAAAGAUCCACUCAGCAGCUCUGGUUUUAAACAUCUUGAUGCAUUGUAUUUUGACAGUACAUUCUGUCGAAGAGGAGCAGAAAAUAUACCAACAUUGAAGCAAAGUUGUGCACUUUGUGUUAAAAUAGUGAAGGAUUGGUUGGAAAAAGAUUCGAAUAAUAAAGUUUUAAUAUGGUGUAGUAGAUUUGGCCAUGAACUUCUAUUGAAAGUGAUUUGGGAUGAACUCCAUAUUAAAUGUCAUGUAACCACAAUGAAAUAUCGUAUAUAUUCAAAAAUUGAUUUUCUUGCUGAUUGUAUAACGCCGGUUGCACGAGACACUCGUAUACAUGCAUGCAGCACAAAACCGAAUGUAACAGAAGAAGUUUUUUAUGAGAAUAAGCAAAACAUAGUGGUGAAGAGAAAAGAUAACGUCAACUUCAAACAAAAGAUGUCAGCCUGUUGGCAGUGUCGUCCAGACCAUAAUAAUGUGCGGGUUAUAAAGCCGUCAGCAAUUUGGUUUUUGAGGAGGAAUAAAAAAAAAUCGCUGCAACUUAUAGAGCUGUUCAAUUUCAGUGUAGUGGGAUAUGAAAAUAACCGAUUUUGCCGUCUAUUUUAUGCAGGCCAUUGUUCGCUUACUGAAAUGGAGAAUGCUUUUAGCUUGUUAAGACCUGUACGCGCUUAUCCGAAUACUACGGACAAACGUAGCAAAGAUUUUGCUGAAAAAUUAAUAAAGUAUUUCAGCGCUCCAGGUGAAGUAAUUACUUUAUCAGAUUCUCGGAAAACGUCAAAACAAAGUGCAGUUUGCGAAUUGGAUGUAGAUGACGACAUUAUUGAAGUAAGAAAUUUAAAUGCCAUCUAA